AUGACGAUAUUAUUACUUUUUACUUACAAUUAUUUCUAUCAACACUCACCGAGGCUUUAUAUCGAUUUAAUCAACUUUUUCACAAUGUUUGGGCGUGUUCAAGCUCGAUUUAGUGAAUCUGCAGGAGCCUUGGCUUACUUUGCUCUCAUUGCUGGAGUGGCUACUGAUUCAAAGGGAUUAAAGACAUUUAAUUUAAAUACGAAUAACUUGGAAAAAGUAAAAAUUAAAGUUCAUGAAGUAAUUGACUAUUCUAGAUUUAUUGCUUUAAGUCGGCCGUUUAUAUUUCGUACUCAAAUGGCGAGUAUUGCUAAGCUGAAAUUGAUCGAGUCUUUUGAGCAAGUUCUUUCAGUCAUAGAUAGAGACAAUAUAAUGACUGCGAAGUCUAAAAGCUCAUUGUUGAAUCGUUCUACUAUGGUCUCAGAUGCUACCAAAACUACACCAUCUGAUAGGAAAACUGGGGUUUAUAAAGCACCAUAA